AUGGCAUGUAAGAGCUAUGAAGCCCUUGUUACGGACACUGGCUUUCUAUUGGUGAUCUCAUCACAAGGAGUUGCCGCUGCAAUCUCCUUUGUUGUAUCAGUCAUUGCUGUCAGAAAUUUUACCAAGUCCCAUUUCCACAUAAACUGUAAGAUACUGAUCAUUUCUCUGCUGCUUUUGUACCUUCUCCACUCGAUGCUUGUAGGAAGUUUACAGGCACUACAUGUGACACGAUUUCUGUGGUAUGCAGAUCCCUCAUCAUCUUGUGUGACGACAUUUGCGCUGCUUCAGCUUGGAGUGAUGACCGAACGCGCUAUUGCCUUGUGGAAAAGAAAACACUACGAAGAAACAGGAUCUACUCUCGGAUUUGUUAUAGCAGGAUGCUGCGUGACUGCAGGAACUGCGUUCAGUACCUGGUCGUUUGCUCCUAUGAUUCUGGAAACACAAACUGUUUAUUGCUCAGUCAGUACUGCCGAGACAGCAAAUAGAAUCAAAAUACGAUCGUACAUCUGCUGUGGCAUCAAUAUCGUUGCUCUGGGAAUGGCUAUGCUAGUGUUUUCCCUCAAUGCGGCUGCAGUCAGACGAUUAUGCCGUACUAUACUUUGGCCUCGCCAUUGA